UCCGGGCGACGCGCUUCGCACGCCCGCGCGCUCCAAACCCAGCCCCGUCGGCAUACCUCGGCCGUCUCAUCUCCAACUACGGACACCGACUACGCAGUCUUGAAGAAGAGGACAUCGGGCAAACUGAUGCGGUGAGCAACAUGACUUGGGGCAAGAGGUGCAAGCAUGAGGGCAAGAGCAAAGGUGGCAAGAUUGAGGGAGGCAAGGCGCAAGUAGACAAGGUCGUGGAGGAACGGUGGGAGCGAGGGUCGCGGGCGCAGCGAGUGAACGCCUUGCACGUCGCUGAGCCCAGCUGACAGCAGGAAUUUGUCAUGAGCAUUCUCCAGGCGUCGCCGAGCAUGCGUGACUCGCGGGGGUACAUCGCGUCUUUCGCGCCGCCAACGGCGCCGCCGGACAUGGAGCAGCUCCCAGGCCCGACCUCGCCCUCUGACGCCGAAGCGGCCGCGAACCCACUCGUGAACAGCCUUUUGAACCCAAUAGUGCGUCGCCCGGCGCUCGUCAAGAUCCAGGGGCCGUUCAAGGACCACCAGCUGGCCUCUGUCGCGCGCGGUGUCCACUCGCUGCAGAUGCUCGGGCUGGUUAGCGUGGUCGUGAUUGACCGGGACGACAUUCCGCCAUUCGAGCCGCGCGACUCCAUGGCCGCCGAGGCACAACGCACCAUGAUCCUGCGCGAUGUCGAGCGCACCGUCCACUUCCUGACGAAGGCGCAUGCGGCCGCUCGCCCCAUCCUCGCAACUGUCGCGCGCAUUACAGACUCUGGGGACGUGUACGUCGAGGCCGAGGGUCUCGACCACGUGCGGCGCGCCGUGCAGGAGGGCGAGAUUCCGGUCCUCCUGCCCGUUGCACUCGACGACGGAUGCCGCGCCCGUCGGAUCAGCGCCAACGCCGUCCUUGCCGCUCUCGCCGAAGCCAUGGCUAACGAGGCGCCUGCACCUCCCGCAGCACCCGCCACCGCCCGCCCAAAAAUGGACUUGACUCCGGCGCGUCUGCUCAUCAUCAACCGCGAGGGAGGUAUUCCCAGUUACGCGCGCGCCGGUCUCCCGCAUCUGUCAAUCAACCUUUCCUCAGAGCUCGAGUUUAUCGAGCGCACCUGGCAGCCGAACUGGGCCUACACGCACCCAACCGCGCUCAGCAACCUCGCGUUGGCCGACACGUGUCUCACGCACAUGCCCAAAGACGCCAGCGCUCUGAUAGUAUCGCACCGCUCGCCGACGGCCCUGAUAGCCAAUCUCAUCACCAACAAGCCCGCGCACUCGGCCUCUCUCCCUCACGCACUGCUCACGCAGUCCGAGGGCCGCCUGAGCCCCGACACGCCGACGCUUGUGCGCCGCGGUCUUCCCGUCCGCAUCCUCCGCUCCGUCGACGAGAUCGACAAGCCCAAACUCGCCACCUUGCUGAACAAGAGUUUCGGCCGCGUCCUCGACGAGGAAGCGUACUGGGCCCGCCUCGACGCUGACCUCGACUUCGUCAUCGUCGUCGGUGACUACGCAGGCGCCGCUGUCGUUACCACCGAGGGCAAGCGCGACGGGCUCGCCAUCUGUUACCUGGACAAGUUCGCCGUGCUGCCCAGCCACCAGGGCGACGGCACCGUCGACUUCCUGUGGGUCGCGUUGCGCGACGAGACAUACGGCCUCGGCCUGCUCGACGCUGCCAACCCGUCGGUGGGCAGUUUGUCGGGUGUCGGCCGCGGUAAGGACCUCGUGUGGCGCUCGCGCGCAGACAACCCCGUCAACAAGUGGUACUUUGAGCGGUCGAAUGGGUUCAUGACGAGCACCGACGGCAAGUGGAAGCUGUUCUGGUGCGAUGCGGAGCAGCGCAUGCGCGAGAUCGCGCUGGAGAGCGGAGGUGUCGUGCGCGUCGUGGAGCCCACUGAGAGCGGGCGUACGGCCGCGUGGGCGCCAGCUAUCGAGAGCAUCAAGUCGGUCUGGGCAGACUAAGGCGCGUGAGCGACAAGCGCGACGCAGCGCUUGGGUGGGAAGGACUACGCUCUGAUGCUGUUGAUGCGCCGUAUGAGGCGGGAAAGCGCCAAGAGCGCUGGCAGUACAUGUUUGUAGAUAUAGAUGAGCCAACAUAGAAUACAUCGCAUGCAGAAGUGCCAUAUGGAU